AUGGCGCUAGACUCACCGGCGACUACAACCCCAACUCCGCUACCGGAGCCCCCAAAAACUCCUCCCCAGAAGUACGGAAUGCUGCUUUUCCCGGCAUUCGAGCUUUUGGACGUAUUCGGUCCCCUAGAGACCCUCCAGCGUCUCACAUCAUACCAUAAGGUGGACCUGAUCCUGCUCUCCGAAACACUCGACACAGUGACAACAAAGCCAGGAUCUAGCAACAUGAACGCACACAACUCCACCGGCUUUCCGGGGAUCGUCCCAACGCAUACUCUCGACAAUGCGCCCGAGAUGGACGUCCUCUUUGUCCCCGGUGGUCUAGGAACCCGAUCCCCGAAUAUGAACCGCACGAUCGACUUCAUCGCAGAGACGUAUCCAAAAGUGAAGUACUUGAUCACCAUCUGCACCGGGUCUCGAUUGGCAGCACAGUCCGGGGUUCUGGAUGGGAAGCGCGCCACGACGAACAAGGCUUCGUGGAACAGCACGGUGGCGCUCGGCCCGAAGGUGGAUUGGCAGCCACGCGCGCGCUGGACAGUCGACGGCAAUGUUUGGACGUCGUCGGGGAUUUCUGCUGGAGUUGAUGCCACCUUUGCUUUUCUUGACUGGGCAUAUGGCGAGGAAACUGCCACGACAAUCGCCAAUCUGAUGGAGUAUGAGAGGCAUACUGAUCCGGAUUGGGAUCCAUUUGCGGAUACAUUCGAGGUUCCUGGUCGGUGA